UUGCCGGGGUGAGGGCCAUGGCGGGCGUGGAGCUCUUCUCGCACCCCGCGUUCCGCACGCGCUACCGCGCCGGGCUCUGCUCCGCCGCGGCGCUGGCGCUGCUGCUCAUCGGGGUGCUCACCUACGUGCCGCCGCUGCUGCUGGCCUACCGGAGCCACGGUUUCUGGCUGAAGCAGAGCGCGUAUCGGGAGCAGCCCGCCGUGCGGUUCCGCUACGAGGUGCUCUUCGUGGCCACCACUGGGCCCGAGCCGGGCGGCUUCUUGGCGUGGAGCACCUUCCCGGCAUUCAACCGGCUGCAGGAGGAGCGGCUGCGCGUCCCGCUCCUGACGACUAGAGAAGAAGACAAAAAUCAAGAUGGUAAAAUGGAUCAAUUAUAUUUUAAAUUGGAGCUUCCUCUACAAUCUACAGAACAUGUAGUCGGUGUUCAGAUGAUUCUCGUCUUUUCCUACCAGCUUCAUAGAAUGUCAACAUUUGUGAUGCAGAGCAUGGCUUUCCUUCAGUUUUUUUCUCCUCUACCAGGGUCUCACCUCUAUGUGAAUGGAGACCUGAAAUUGAACCAGAGGCAAUUACUUAACCAUUGUGGACUGGAUACCAGAUACAAUGUGUCUGUGAUCAAUGGCACAAGUCCUUUUGCAAGUGACUAUGAUCUAACAAACAUCAUUGCAGCAUAUCAAGAUAGAAACGUAACAACAGUCUUAUCAUAUCCCAACCCUGUCUGGAUGAUUGGAAGAGCAGCAGAUACACCAUUUAUCAUUAAUGCCACUAUUCACUACCCAGUGGAAGUUAUUUUAUAUCAGCCAGGAUUUUGGGAAAUGAUUAAAUUUGCCUGGAUCCAAUAUGUCAGCAUCCUACUUAUCUUUGUCUGGGUGUUUGGUAGGAUUAAAAUAUUUGUGUUCCAGAAUCAGGUGUUGACUACAACUCCAAUAUCACCAGUUCUGCCAGAGUCUCCAGUAUUGACCUACAAACAGCACCAGUCCUGAGGAAAUGUUUGAAAAAAAAUAAAGAAAUGCAGUACAAAGAUACAUAUCUGCUUUUAUUCUUUAUACACUUCGUAUAAAGUUUUUAUCUUAAGUAGUAUAUUCUGCAUAUUUUUGGUUCUUGCUUUGACAGUAAUCCCCUCUCCUUUUUCUUUUCCUUAUAUCUAUUCAUCCAUAAACUUCUAUGGGAACACUGCUUUGGGACUGACGUUUUAAAUAUUUCGGAGAGUUAAAGAACAGCUGGUUACUUAUUCCCACAAAUAGGAUUGUGUUUCAAAAACUUGUAGAAACAAAUCAGACGUUGCUUUUGAAUGAUCUUAGUCUAGUUAAACCACAAAGACUGAAAAUGUAUGCUAACAAUAGCAAUAUAAAGCAUUUUUGCUGUCUUGUAAAUAAAUUAGCUGUUGAAUUUAA